AUGAAUGAGUGCCAAAAUGCCGAGACGAGGAAGAAAUCCCUCUACGAGAGCGUCGCCAUCGACAUCCAGGCCUUCGCCGUGGCACUGCGCAAGUGUAGCGCCUCAAAAUCCCUCCUCGAGGGACGCCGCCUCCAUCUCCUCCUCGCCAAGCACCGCCACGAUCGCCAGACCUUCCUCGGCAAUCUCCUCGUUCACAUGUAUGGCAGCUGCGAUCGAUUGCCCGACGCGCGACUGGUCUUUGACAAGAUCCGCCACAAGAACAUCUACUCGUGGAACAUCAUCAUCGCGGCAUAUGCCCAAAAGGGGGAUUUGUGCCAGGCAAAGCUCUUGUUCUUGCGCGCGUCCAGGAAUGUGGUGUCUUGGAAUUCGAUGAUAGGGUUUUGCUCGCAGCAGCAGGGAUCUUGGCGGAUGGCGGAGGACUUCUAUCGCCGGAUGCCGCAGUGGGAUGUAGUGUCCGGAAACGCGAUGAUCGCAGCAUUUGCCCAGACUGGGGAAUUUGAUCCGGCAAAGAAGGUGUUCGAUCUCAUUGAAGAGCGCAAUGUGGUUUCCUGGAACGCAAUGAUCUCGGCUUGUGACGAGGGGGGAAAAGCGUUUUCUGCUGGCAAGUUCUUCGAGAAGAUGCCCAGCUGGAAUUCCAUUUCGUGGUCUGGAGCUAUCUCAGCAUUUGCCCAUAACGGGCAUCUGGAUCAAGCGAUGGAUCUCUGGGCGAUCUUGCCAGGGAAGGACGUGAUCUCGUGCACGGCGAUCGUGGCGGCGCUGGGCGACAGCGGCGAUGCCCACCGAGCCAAGCAAGUGUUCGAUGAAAUCGCUCUCCAGGAUCACGACUCCUUCUCGUGCUCGGUGAUGAUCUCGGCCUUGGCCCAGAACCGAUGCCCUCUACCCGCAAUCCAGCUCUUCCGCGCCAUGGAUCUGGAAGGAAUCCCUUCCAGCAGCACCACCUUCGUCGCAGCGCUGGAGGCAUUUGGAUCUCACUCGGAUCGAUCGCACUGCCGGAUGAUCCACGCGAUCAUCGCCCACCUCGAGUUCCAUCCCUUCGUCUCCGCCGCGCUCAUCAACAUGUAUGGAAAGUGUGGGAGCGUCGCGGCCGCGAGGAACGUCUUUGAUCGUCUUCCCAGCAAAGACAUCGUCAUCUGGAACACGAUCAUGGUCGUCUACUCGCACAACGGCCAUACCGCUUCCUCCCGCGAGCUCUUCCACGCCAUGGUCCUUCACGGUGUUCUUCCGGAUCACAUCUCGUUUAUCAGCGUGCUCUCGUCCAGCAGCCACUCCGGAGUGAUCCAAACUGGAUGGGAGCUCUUCGUCUCGAUGAUCGGCGACUAUGGUCUCGCUCCAACCAUCAAUCACUACGUCUGCAUGAUCGAUCUCCUCGGACGAGCUGCGAAGCUGGACGAGGCGGUGGAGCUCAUUUUCGCGAUGCCGUUCCAUCCAAACGUGGUUUGCUGGAGGAUUCUUCUCUGCGCUUGCCGGAGCAUUGGCGACGAGCGGGUCGGAGACCACGCUGCGGAUGCCGCGAUUGAUAUCGACGAAGAGGAUGCCAGCCCGUAUUUUCUACUGGGUCAUACGUAUGCCGCGAAUGGGAAGAUGGGAAGCGUUGUCAUGUUUAAUCGGCUGAUGAAGAAGAGGACGCCGCUGUGUUGA